UCCAGAUCCUGAAAAGAAACUUUACGUCCCGCGGCAUCAACGUGUUUUUGGUGUACCUUUGUGUGCAGCUUCUUACACGCAUAAUUUUCCACCAAUUUCACCGGACCGUGUAAUGGAGCCAGGUAAAACUAAAAUACUUUAUGGUCAUGGAUCGGAAACAAAAUCUCCUUCAAGAACAGCCCGUAGACCGAGCUGCAGCUGAUGUCUUUUUGUGCUUUUGCUUUGAAAAUUGCAUGACUUAUGAAGCAAAAAUGCAGACCGUUCAAAUAGUGAUGUAAGUAGUCGCCGAAGUCGGCAUUAUUUUGGUCAUUUACAAAUGCUAAUGCAAGGCCAAAAACGACGCAAAUCCAAAUGCAAAUCCAAAGCAAGUGAAGAUGUUGCGAAAAUUGAAAUGUUUUCAAUAGCACAUGGAAACCAAUAUGGUCACUCUAUACGCUCCCGUGAUCACUAAUUUCAAUUUAUUUUUCGCCCGCGCAAACGAACGACAGCGAUUUUACGAUGUUAUUUUUAUCUUGCGAACCUGAAAAGAAGUGAAGAGCGGC